UCCCUCACACAUCUCUUCCCGUUCCCCGUUCUCCCAUGGUGGCCAAAUCCCUCACCCCACAGCUGGCGCCGUUCGUCACGAACACCGGCGCUCCUUGGUCCAGCCGCCGCUCCCCUCCGUCACCACCACGGGUGCUCCCUGUCAGGUCGAGGCUCCCCUUCGCAGCCGCUGCUCUUCCUCCCCUUCAUGUCGAAUCGGUCGCGGAAGUGGCCGAGGACGCCCUCGAGCUCGGCAUGCUCGCGCCAGCGCUAGGCGCCGGCAGAGGCAUACGCGAAGGCGUGGCACUCGCACGCACCUUCUCUACCCCGCUCCCUCUCCGAAUCCGGUUGCCGAAGUGCUCGAGGAGCCGCUCGAGCUCGGCAUGCUCGCGUGCGACGCCGGGUUUCUCGCUCCUCCUGAUGCCGUCGCCGCCGCCGUCGCCGCCAUGAGCCUCUCCACCCUCUCUCGCGCGGUCUUCUGGGUCCAGAUUUCGAGAGGGAUAAGGAGGUGCCUAAAGGGGAUGGGAGCAAAAAGUCUGAAUCGAAGAUUGUUGGCCCUGCUGUUGACGUCCAUGGUGGCGCUGAUGAUGAUCUUGGCAAGGAUUUUAUGUAUCUGCCUGGGGCCUUGGUAUGUCCUUGAGCACGCAUCGGGUAUGUAUGUAUGUAUCUGUUGGUAUAUUAGUGCAAACUCUAUUCUCAAAAUUAUAAUCCUGAGUAAUGCUGCAACAUGUCAAAGGAAGAAGUCGAACCUGAAGAAGUGCGGGGAAGAAUUUCAGCUACGUGUGGGAGGCGACGGAGUGGUGCAGUGCCGCGAGGUCGCCGUGCAGGCAGGAGACGGUGUUGGUGGGCGGCGUCUAGAGCUGUGGCGACUCAAGGCAGACAACUUCGAGGUUAAGGGCGAGGGGAGCCAACUUUUUGUUUGA